AUCCAUUGGGUAAGCUGGAUUUGCAAGAAGUCACAUAAAGUUGAUACUUUUGCCAUUUUCUCUAAUCGUUUGUGAGUAGUUGUUACUCGUACGUUGUCAUUAAUACACCGAUGUUGGCCAUAAAACUGGGAACCAAAUAUCAACAGCGUAUCAAUUCUGUUAAUCAGAAAUUCUCAAUCUUAUCUUCCUCAUGGAUUCCAACAACUUCUCAAGAUCACAAAAACUACUAGACAUAUCCCAGAGACUCCGUCAAUCAAACUAUCUAACCCCACAUUCAAAUGAUCAACUUUACCAAUCUGAAACCCACAAAAAACCCAACAGAUCUGCAGUUCUUAUUUGUCUUUUCAACGAAGGAGAUGAAAUUUAUGUUAUUCUAACCAAAAGAUCAUCCAAACUGUCGUCAUACUCUGGACACGUUUCGUUGCCCGGAGGUAGGACGGAUGAAGGGGAUGCGGAUGAUAUUCGGACCGCGUUGAGGGAGGCGGAGGAGGAGAUUGGUUUGGAUCCUGCUCUUGUGGAUGUUGUGACAGUUCUUGAACCAUUUGUAACCAAGGAGAAUGUUACUGUAGUUCCAGUGCUUGGUAUACUAUGGAAUAAGCAAGCAUUUAAUCCUGUUCUAAAUGCUGACGAAGUAGAGUCCAUAUUCUAUGCUCCUCUUGAAAUGUUUCUCAAGGACGAAAACAGACGACAUGAGGAUAGAGAAUUUCAAGGCGACAAAUACGUGCUUCAUUACUUUGAUUUCAAAGCAAAUAACAUGGUGUAUGUGAUAUGGGCUCUAACUGCCGGGAUCUUGAUCUCAACGGCGUCACUAGUUUACCAGCGCCCACCGGAGUUUGAACCAAGAAUGCCUAAAUUCUGGAAGAAAAACUACAGCAGAUUCUAAAUGUUCCUAAAAUUAUAAUAUCAAUCAAAUAUGCCACUUGUUCAAUGUAAGCAUUCACUGCCAAUGUGUAUUGUAUACGAUGUAACAGUAAGUUUAUGUAAUCAUGUGCCUUUUUUAAAGGGUAUCGUAAUUACACAUAAAUGGGUUGGGUGCGAUACA